UAACACCAGCUGAUUGAUAAAUAAAUAAACACGAAAAAAUAGAGCCAUAGUUUAUUUAUAAUUGUUUUUAGAUGGUUUUCGGCAUGUAACCCGCUCUAUUAAAUGGCUAACCGCGAUGUUUUCUCCAAAAUCCUGCCAAAUGUCAAAUUGGCCACUCGAAUCGAUGCCGAAGGGCGUGAAGUCCAGGUGGAGCGUCGCGAGGACACGGAUGCCACAGCCAAGGAGCAAGAUACGUUCGACAUUCUCGUGGCAGCCGGAUAUUACAGGGCUCGAAUCAAGGGCUUAUCCGCCUUUGACAAAGUUGUGGGUGGAAUGACAUGGUGCAUCGAGUGCUGCGACUAUGAUGUGGAUGUGGACCUGCUCUUUCACGAAAACCUUUCUAUUGGACAGAAGAUUGCUCUGGUAGAGAAGAUAGUAUCUGUAUUAAUUGACAUGAAGUGUCCACAUAGUUUGGAGCCCCAUCAAGUACAAGGCCUGGAAUUUCUUGCCAUUCAUCCUGUCAUCCAAUGGCUGGUGAAGACCUCGGUUGAAAAUCGAGCGGAACGAGCACAGCGCCUGAAGAGAUUUGCCAUUGGCCAGUUCCACAAUCAUUAUCAGUAUAAAAGCGACAAGGACAAUUUGACCAAGAUACGACUGGCCUCCGCUAACAUAAAAGUUAUACAGGAUCUUUAUGCGCCCAAGAGGUUAUAUGAACGUCAAGAAGCCCCUGCUGAAGAUGACGUUUCGCGGGUGCGUUUAACUCUUCUGGAAUAUGGAAAUCAAGUGCCAAGUUUUAAAAGCGGUGCUGAUAAAAAGGCAUUUCAAAGCCCAGGAGAAGCCGCUGAGCUUGAUCUUGAGGAAUAUUUGCGCAGUUUAUCUCUAGUUAGGGACGAUUUUCCAAGCAACCAGAAACGCAUAGAUCUCGAUCCAAAAGCCCGACACGAACUCCAGCAGCACUAUGCUGAUUUUAAGAUCGAGAUGGAGACAGACGCCAAGGAAUUAAAAGCACAAAAUCAGCAGAAGCGACUGGAAGCCGCCAAAAUAGCCUUCGAGCAUAAAGUUAAGCGUUACAACAAGGACAACGAACAGCUUAAGGAAGCUGAAGAUGAACAGGCUCAAAAGACCAAGAAAGUAGAAGAUCAAUUAAAUACUGUAAUUGCUGAGCUCAAAUCACACAAAGACAUAGAAGAGCAAUCAGACCCAAGGCUGUUGGAAAAGGUUCAAAAGUUGCUGCAACAGCACGAAGAGCUAAAGAAAAGCGAAGCGGAUUUCAAAGAAUCCUGCAGAACGGAUUUAGCCACCUUACAGCAACAAAUUGAUGACCUGGAAGCUUUUAGUGCACAGGAUGCGGAAGCUCAGGCUGCAGCCUUGGCUGCCGAGGAGCAGCGUCUCAAGGAGCUGCGCUUACAGUUGGCUAAGCGGAAUCGCGGAAUAGUGGCCAUUGAACGGAAGCUGGACGCCAUACCCGAUCGCACAGAGCUGGCCCAGUAUCAGCGCAGAUUUCACGAGCUGCACAACGAGAUGAGCGGCAAGCACCUGGAAACAAAGCAAUAUUACAUUCUAUACAAUACACUUAAUGACAAAAAGCGCUAUAUGGAAAAGGAGCUGACACUCCUGAACUCCAUUUGUGAGGCCUACAACGAGGGAAUGAUGAGUCCGCACGGCCGGGAGGACUUUAUUCGCCAGUUCGAGUCGAUUGUGGACGGAGUCAAGAGCGCCCAAGACAAGGUGCGGCACAAGUACAACGAGGAGCGAAUGCGACGCGACGAGCUGAAUGAGGAGCUGCAAUCACUGCUGGAGAUCCAGCGGCAGUACGCUUUGGCUGUCAAGCAGCUGACACGUGAAUGCCAGCGAUGCGAGGAAAUGCAGCAACAGCUCAAGUCAAUUAAGAGCAGGACCAAGUCCCAGGCCGUUUAACAAAUUAAUUAAUACGAAAAUCUCCUAGCGAAAUCGUUCAAUAAAUUGUGUACUCAUAA